CAUCAACGUGUCAAGGUCAACACUGGAGAGAGGGGUCAGGUACGAGGAAGAGCCAAGUACUGCGGGCUACAUUUCAAUAUAAUAAAAAAACGCUCACUGUUUAAUCGCACGAGAACGGGCGGGAUCUGCUCUACUAGACCCAGAGAACGGGCGCCGUCCGGCAGCUCCCGAAGAACCGCUUUUGUUGGCAUACGACACGCAGCACGCGUGUUUAAAGCGACAGCACUGGGCUCACUGGUCAUGGCGGACUCCAGCCUGAACAACAUGACAUCCCUCGCGCGGGCUUUGUCACAGCCGACGCUGAAUCUGACAGAAGUGACCGAUGUUUUCUCUCCGAGAAAUAGUCUUCGGCAUUCAUGUCGAAGGAGAAAGUUGUCGAGCUGCAACUCGUUGGAGUGCGACGAGUCGGCGACUUCACCCUCCGCCGCCGAGGCGCGCGUGCUGGUUCUAAACACCGGAGGGACCAUCGGGAUGACACUUCACAACAAGGUGCUUGCCCCAAAAGCCAAUGCUUUUGUGAAGGGCCUGCGCAAGUUGCCCAUCCUCCACGAUGAGUUGUAUGCCCAGCAGACCGGCCUGUAUCAGUACUAUGGAUCGGAGAACAGUCUGGUCCUGCCGCUGAGUAAAGGCUAUAAGAGGAUAGUCUACACUGUUAUAGAGUACAACCCUUUGCUGGACUCUUCAAAUAUGACCACAGAUGACUGGGGUAGAAUUGGAAAGGACAUUGAGAAAAACUACGAAAGCUACGAUGGUUUUGUGAUCCUUCAUGGCACAGACACAAUGGCCUACACAGCCUCUGCCCUGUCCUUUAUGUGUGAACAUUUGGGCAAACCAAUCAUUCUCACCGGAUCACAGGUGCCGAUCUACGAGAUGAGGAAUGAUGGCAGAGACAACCUGUUGGGGGCGCUGCUGAUCGCAGGCCAGUUUGUCAUUCCCGAGGUUUGCUUGUACUUCUACAACAAACUCUACAGAGGGAACCGUGUGACCAAGGUGGAUGCUGGGAGUUUCAAUGCAUUCUCCUCGCCGAACUUGGCUCCUCUGGCUGUCGCUGAAGUGGACAUUACAAUCAACUGGGAUACUGUGUGGCGGGCAAACACCACGGCAAAGUUUCAAGUCAGCACUGAGCUGAAUAGGAACGUGGGCCUGCUCAGGCUGUUCCCAGGAAUCACCGCUGCUACUAUGAGGGCUUUCUUGCAGCCACCCAUGGAGGGUGUAGUCCUGGAGACUUACGGCAGUGGAAAUGCCCCCGAUAACCGGCCUGACCUGUUGGAGGAGCUGAAGAAGGCCACCGACUCAGAUGUCAUCAUCAUCAACUGCACCCAGUGUCUGAGGGGGACCGUGGCUGCAUCUUACGCCACCGGCAAGGUGUUGAUGGAUGCAGGGCUGAUAGCUGGUGGAGACAUGACUCCAGAGGCGGCCUUGUCAAAGCUGUCCUAUGUAUUGGCCAAGAAAGAUAUAAGUUUUGAUGCCAAGAAAAAGUUGAUGGCUCGGAACCUGCGAGGUGAGAUGAUUUCAGACGUAGCUGGAGCUAAACUGUGUCUGAGCGACAACCGUUUUAUCCAGGUCAUUGCCAAGGCUUUGAGCAUCAGCUGCAAGGAGGAGCUGGAAGCCAUCCGCGACGCCCUGGCUCCUCCACUGGCAUGUGCUUCCGCUAAGAUCGGAGACAUAGAGGCCUUGGAAGCCCUCAAGGAAAUGGGCACUAACAUGUGUCUGAGUGACUACGAUGGACGCACACCCCUCCAUAUCGCUGCCUGUGAGGGCCACCUCAAACUGGUGGAGUACCUUCUGAGCCAUGGAGCCACAGUCUAUGCUAAAGAUCGCUAUGGGGACACACCCCUCAGCAACGCAGUACGCUUCAGGCACAAGGAGGUCGUGAAGCUGCUGAGAAAGACUGGCGCUCACUUCUCCAGAGACGAGUUGGAUGAAGCAGGAACUGAACUGUGCAGCCUGGCAGCCAGCGGUGACCUGGAGGGCCUAGAAAUAUGGAAACUCGCUGGAGCUGAUCUGAAUAAACCUGGCUAUAACGGACAGACAGCACUUCAACUGGCCCAUGCUGUUGGAAAAAAGGAAGUGGUGGCAUUUUUAGUCCAACUCAUGAGCAAAAAAGCCACGAGCGGAGUGAUUGAGUUUUCAGCCACCCCGACAGGAUCGUGAGCUGACGUAUCUCAACCAACAGGAAUCAUCAUCCUCCUCCAGCAUCUACUUCCUUCCCCCGAAGCCGUCCUCUUCACACCGUCCACCGCACUAUUACCUUUCACAGAGUUACUGUGACUUUGUAUGUUAGAUUGUUUUACUUUCUUAAAGCCAUCACUGCUUACAGUUCUCCCUCCAAACCCAGUAUUGGCACUACUUUGAGUCCAAGGUGAACAAAAAGGGCAGCACUUAAUGCGUGUGGAUGUAUGGUUGCAACAUAGGAGUAUAUUUAUGUGAAUGUCCAAUCAGGGAUUAAGGGUGAACUUCACCUGAGCUGUUUAAACAUGGAGAAUGCUGAAACAUUUUGUUAUAUGUAUUAAAAGAGUAACAGAACUUUUGACUACAAUCACUUUACUUUAUAAAAUAAUGUAGAAAUAUAUUCAUGAUGUCUGAAACUACAGAGUACAGAUUUUAUUUUUAUGGGUAUUUUUUUACAGUUAAAUGAUGAAAUAUCUAUUCAUCUAUAUCCCUGAAUCCGAGCAUUUACAGUUACUCAAACAGCAACUACACAAACCUGUAGUUACCUUCCAGGCUUCUCCAGACAGUUUCUUGCACUGAUUAGCAAGUUUGAAAUAGAAAAGAGAAAUUCAGACUAUUGUGUGAGCCAGAUAAAGACUGUCUAUGUUUUCAUUUGUUUUGAUGUAAACUUAUUGGGCUUUUAAAACAUCUCUCUUGUUUGGUCUGAAAAGUUAAUGAACCAAUCGUGGUCCGUGUAUUUUCCACUGUGAUGUUAGCACAUGUAAGGGACCAUUCUGUGCUUAAUGUGACUUUGAAGUGCAAACUAAUUUAAAUGACCUGAAAUUGUUCCUGUCGUUUCAAAUUCUAUAAAAAAUGGGGUGUGAGAGAAAAAGUCAUUCGGUGCAACAUAAAUAAAUCUUUUCUUUCA